GCCGGCCGGUGCCCUAUAUACAUCUAUCUAUGCCGUCGGCUCUCCGUUGUUGAUACCUCCCAGGCCCUCUUUGCGUCGCCAUGACUGUUUCCAUCCUGCUAUAACUAGCCCGGUGUCUCUGCAUUCUCCAGCGUUCGUCUGCUUUGCCUCGCAUCCGACCUGCGUCUGCUGCCGUCCUCUCCUCCUGACCAUACACACACACACACACCCCGUACAUACUCAACCCGCACCCGCAUACACCUUAUAUAUAUAUACAUACAAACAAACAAGCAACAUGGAUAUGGACCAGGCCUGUCUCAAGGGAAUGGACAGUCCGCCGCAAUCGGCAGAGGAAAAGUCCUCCAAGGACGCUGCUCAGAAGGCCAAGGGGCCUCGCAAGCGGACAAAGACCGGCUGUCUCACCUGCCGCAAGAGACGCAUCAAGUGCGGCGAAGAGAAGCCCCGGUGCAACAAUUGCAUCAAAUCCAAGCGAGAGUGCGAGGGCUACGGCCAGCGAGUCGUCUUCCGGCAUCCCGUCGGCCCCAUCCCCCAUCUCGGGCCCAUCCGCCAGAUCCAGGGCAUGGGAGGCAUGCCCGGCAUGCCCAUCAUGGCCGGCGCCUUUGGCCAUUCCAUGCAGCAGCACAUCGAGGCCGCCUCUGCCUCCCGGCCCGCCCUGCUGCCCAUCGCUCCUCGCCCGUCCUAUCACCACGCUCACCCGGACGAGCUGUCCCGGCAUCAUCAGGCCUAUUCGUCUGCUGCAGACCCCUACGCUGCCUCGACGCAGCACCAUUCCGCCAUCAACCCGGACCAGCCGCCGUAUACCUGGGACUCGGUCUCGUACAGUGACGGCUCGUACAUACCAACUUCCUCUGCUGCCGCUGCCGUGUCUACUGCAGCGGCCGGCUCGGCUCAGCACUACGUCACUUCUACCUCCUCCUCCUCCGCCGCUAGCUAUCCGUCCUCUGAAGCCCCCUAUCCGCAUCAGGAGUAUGCAUACGAGGACACCACUGCUUGGGAAGACGCAUCCCAGCUGCAGCCCUAUGAAGCGGCGGCGGUAUACCAGGCCCAGCUCUCACUCCAAGUAUGCUCUCCCCCUAUCUUUCUCUCAUUCUCUUUGAGCGCAUAGAAGACCAACUAAACUAACAGGAUAGGGAUUCAAUCCUCCUUCGUCGAUAGUCUCGCCAACACCCGAAUGUAUGGGCACAUACCGAUUCAUAGUAAUGUAGCACUGACUAAAAGGUUUCUACGUCCAGAUGUUCGGCAUGAUCAUGUUUCUACUACUACUUCUACUUCUACUACUGCUGCUACCACUUACACUACUGCUACCUACUCUGCUUCUUCUGCUACACUGGUGCCCAAGUUGGAGUCAAAGGAGGCCCUGCUGUUUCCCCCUGCCCCUGAUGCUAAUGAUGCCCCCAAUCAAUGCCGCCAGCAGCAUAGCCUGGUGAUGCACGAUGUUGGAGAAGAGAGUGAUGACUAUUAUGAUGUCGAGUCAGACGAGGAGCUGGGAGACCAGUUUUCUGCUCCCUCUGCUCCCUCUGCUGCUGCCUGCCAUGCAGUGCCAGGCAAAGGCAGCCUCUACUACCCUUCCUCUGCUCUCGCAGUAUCUAAUCCGCCCUUUGCGAGUUAUAUGAAUUAUGAUAAUUUAUUGGCCACGUACCGCCCGUCUCCCUUAACUUCGCCCCUUAUCGACCCUGAGGUCGCCAAACUAUUCUCCCACUUCAUAGGCUCCAUCGGGACCAUCAUAUCCAUCUUCGAGCGCAAGCACAGUAUCGCCCCUUUGCUCAGCUUCUCUCUCCUGCCGACCGAGCAGCAGAGCCUGUUCACCUAUACCCUGCCGACCCUGGCGCUCGAGAACCACGGCCUGCUGCACUCCAUCCUGGCCCUGAGCAGCGUUCACCUCGCCUACACCACCGGCCAGUCCUCGACGGCCGCCUUCAGACACUACCACUUUGCCCUGCGGCGCAUCAGCAAGGCCGUCGGCCUGCCGCACAGGAGGAAGCAGAUCCCGACUCUCGCAGCGACCUUGCUGCUCGGCUUCUUCGAGGUCCUCGCCGCCGAGCACUCGAAGUGGUGCAGCCAUGUCGCGGGAGCAUCGCAGCUGAUCCGGGAGAUCGACUUUGCCAGCACGACCAGACGCAUCCGAGCGAUGAGAGCGCGGGCGAGGAAGCAGAAAUCCGUGGCCGGCGAGAAGUCGUGGACUCGAGCGGGCGAUUUCAGGCUGGACACCUUCUUCGAGAACGACAUCUAUGCGCCGAUCGAGCGGGAGAUCGACGUCGAUCUUGUCAGUGCGAUCAUGGGCAGAGACGCCAACUAUGAUGCGCUGCCCGCUGAGCCCGCGUUUGAUCAGCCGCUCACGGUGAAGGAUAUCGAGGAUCAUCGCAUCCGGACGGACCUCUACUGGCACUAUUGCAAGCAGGAUCUCUUCCAGAGCCUCAUCAGCGGCAACCCCUUACUGUAUGUAUUCUACUAUUCUACUAUUCCAGUUACCCACCAGGGCAACGUCCUAAACUAACGGCUGCAGGCUCCCGUACGAAAAAUGGGCACAGACUCCUCCACGCUCGGCGGUCGGCAGGAUUCAGACAGCCUACGGGACGAUGGACCAUCUGCUGCUGCUGCUCGCUCGCAUCUCAGCCUUCGGCGUCAAGGACAGGAAGCGCAAGCUCAAGGUCAUGGAGGGCAACGGGGAUGAAUGGCGUCCGCCUCCCAGCAUGUUCCCCCCUGCCACUGCCCCUGGCGGGCCGCCCAAGCCAGC